UGUUCCGUCUCCACUCUCCACGGCCGCGUCUGACAUUCUCCCAUCCCCACCCGCCCGGCGAGCCAACGCGAGGCGCCGCCGCGCCGGAAGCGGCUAUGCAGGCGGCAGCCUCCUACCGGUGCGCGGCAGCACACCGCCGCUCCGGCGAACCUUCCUCGCGCCCUCUGGUCCCCUCUCUUCUUCUACCCGGCCGCGUUAGCCGUUUCUACGACGCGGCGGCGGUUCCGCUCCGGGUAUGUUCCCCGCCCCUUCCCCUGGCACGCGGCGGCGGCGGCGAUUCCGCGCACCUGGAUGCCAGGAAUGGGGAGGCGAGGCGGCUGAUGCGCGCGCUCGGACGAAUCCUUCCUGAUCACCAGAAAAUGGCGCAUGUUAACCUGCUAAGAACUGCUGUUCUUUCAACCAUGUCGAUACUCAUCAUGCCUCUUGAGGCAUCAGCAGAGACGUGUCAGCCAGCAAAUUCUUUUGCUGAUAUGCCGAUUUUUAUUGCUGUAGCUCUAAUAGGAGCUGCUGUGGGUGGAUUAUUAGCCCGGCAAAGAAAAGAGGAAUUGAAGCGAUUGAAUAAUCAACUUCGUCAGAUUAACACUGCUCUUAGAAGACAGGCACAGAUUGAAUCGUUUGCUCCUGGCCUUACUUAUGCGCCAGUAGGGAGAGCAACAGAAACUGAGGUUAUUGUUGAUCCCAGGAAGCAGCAGUUGGUGGUAAAUUUGAAAAAUGGGAAGAACUACAUGAGGAAUCAAGACCUUGAUAAGGCAGUAACAGAGUUCAGGACAGCUCUAGAGCUCGCGGAAAGCAUAGGGGAUCGCUUUGAGGAGAAGAAAGGUGCACGGGGAUUAGGUGCAUCACUACAAAGGCUGGGACAAUACAAGGAAGCAAUGAGCUGGUACUACAAGGUUCUGGAGCUAUCCAAGGAAACGGGCGAGGAUUCAGGCUGUACCGAGGCAUACGGCGCGAUAGCGGACUGCUACGCGGAGCUCGGGGAUCUGGAGCGAGCCGCGAAGCUGUAUGACAAGUACAUAUCAAGAUUGCAGCCGCACGAUUGAGCGCUUGGCCGCUCUCAGAAAUAAAACAUAGCUUCCUCCUACUGGUUGGUUGGUUGGUUUUCGGCAAGAAGAAAACGUGCUGAUUUUACUCGUCUCUUAGCUUUGUCAGGGCGCUUAAAUUGUUACUCCUGUAUAUAAAUCGCAGUGGCCCAUCUUCUGUAAUCCUUUUCCACGAACUGUUAACUCAGGAACGGUGCGUUGCAGAUGAUCAUAAUCCUGAGUUUUUUUUUUUUGUCGCGAAUUAUCAUAUCCUGAGUUACACAUGAAUACAUGAUGCAGUAGCAA